CUCCUUCAACUUGGGAAGGAGGCCAGGCUGGGGAACGGUAUAAAGGGCACCUCGGCCCCUGCUCAGCUCAGCACUCCACUAGAAGCCUCUCCAGCUGGCCCCACUGUGAGUCUGGUUGACCGAAAGCAGCUUCCAAGAUGUCCCAGCAACACACUCUGCCAGUGAUUCUGCCCCCUGCCCUCUCUCAGGAGUCCCUCAAGCCUGCUUCUCCUCCCACCAAUACCCAGCAGGAGCAAGUGAAGCAGCCAACUCCACUGCCUGCCCCAUGCCAGAAGGUACACUCGGAGCUCCCAGGGGAGGUCCCCUUGGAGCUUGGGGAGAAACACACAAUUGUGAAAGGGGUGGCUGAGCAAAAGUGUGAACCACAGCAACCAGAGCCAGAGCAGCAAGAACAGCAUGUGAAACAGCAGCAGCAAGAGUCACAGGUGCAGGAACAGCAUGUGGAACAGCAGCAGCAAGAGUCAAAGGUGCAGGAACAGCAUGUGGAACAGCAGCAGCAAGAGUCAAAGGUGCAGGAACAGCAUGUGGAACAGCAGCAGCAAGAGUCAAAGGUGCAGGAACAGCAUGUGGAACAGCAGCAGCAAGAGUCAAAGGUGCAGGAACAGCAUGUGGAACAGCAGCAGCAAGAGUCACAGGUGCAGGAACAGCAUGUGGAACAGCAGCAGCAAGAGUCAAAGGUGCAGGAACAGCAUGUGGAACAGCAGCAGCAAGAGUCAAAGGUGCAGGAACAGCAUGUGGAACAGCAGCAGCAAGAGUCAAAGGUGCAGGAACAGCAUGUGGAACAGCAGCAGCAAGAGUCAAAGGUGCAGGAACAGCAUGUGGAACAGCAGCAGCAAGAGUCACAGGUGCAGGAACAGCAUGUGGAACAGCAGCAGCAAGAGUCAAAGGUGCAGGAACAGCAUGUGGAACAGCAGCAGCAAGAGUCACAGGUGCAGGAACAGCAUGUGGAACAGCAGCAGCAAGAGUCACAGGUGCAGGAACAGCAUGUGGAACAGCAGCAGCAAGAGUCACAGGUGCAGGAACAGCAUGUGGAACAGCAGCAGCAAGAGUCAAAGGUGCAGGAACAGCAUGUGGAACAGCAGCAGCAAGAGUCACAGGUGCAGGAACAACAUGUGGAACAGCAGCAGCAAGAAUCAAAGGUGCAGGAACAGUAUGUGGAACAGCAGCAGCAAGAGUCACAGGUGCAGGAACAGUAUGUGGAAGAGCAACACCAAGAGUCACAGGUACAGGAAGUGCAUGUGGAGUUGCAGCAGCAAGAGUCUCAGGUGCAGGAACAGCAUGUGAAGCAGCAACAGCAAGAAUCACAGGUGCCAGAAGUGCAUGUGGAGCAGCAGCAACAAGAGUCACAGGUGCCAGAAGUGCAUGUGGAGCAGCAGCAACAAGAGUCACAGGUGCCAGAAAAGCAUGUGGAGCUGCAGCAGCAAGAAUCACAGGUGCCAGAAGUGCAUGUCAAAAAGCAACACCAGGAGCUACAGGAGCAGGAAGUGCAGCAGCAAAAAGAACAGCACGUGGAACAUCAGGAAGCAGAACACCUGGGGCUGCAGCUGGAACAGGAGAAGAAGGUCUUGGGCCAGCACUUGGGUCAAGAGCCAGCAAAGAGAGAGGAGCAAAUGGAAAAGAAAGAGGAGCAGCUGCUGGAGCAGCAGGAGGGGCAGCUGAAACAGCCUGUGUUUGUCCCAGCUCCCGGCCAGGUCCAAGAGACCCACCCAGUCCUGCCACUGAAGGGAAAAGCCUUGCCCUCUGAAGAAGCAGGAGGUGUAGUGCCUUCUAAACAAAAGUAACCAUGUGCAGUGUCCCAGAGGCCCCUGGAAAUCCCAUACAAGUGAAGAGAGAGCCAGUGGCCUCACUUAUCUUGGGCCCCCAACCUGGGUGACCCGCCUCAUCUGUGAACCUGCCUGACCCUGACCUUCUGCAUGUCUCCUUGAUAGGGCUGGGGUGGGGGGAGUUACAACCCAGCAUCCACCCCUGAUGAGCCCAAUCCCAACCUCAGGUGGCCAGAGGCUUUACCUGAGGAGAGAGUGACUAUAGCUACUCUGAAUACAUCCCCACUAUUAUAGCUGAAUCUGUGAGUCUGUACAAUAAUACAGAAUAAAUCCUGGAAGGCCUGGAA